CUUCAAGCUGGAGGAGGAGGAGAAGGACAUCUACAGUGACAUCGGAGAAAAGAGUCAAAGAUCUGCUGGAGCGGGAGGGCAAGACAUGAGAGAGCCGGGGACACAGAGCUGAGACACACACGUACACGCGCGCGCAAACAGAAACAAUAGAGACAGAGAGCCUGGUCCGCGCACACACACAGCAUCUCCACGACCAGUCCACCAUCAUCAGGCAGCAGCACCGGCAGCCGCAGACAGGAAACGGAGAGAAGACCGAGAGAGAGCAGCAGUGCGAGGGCACCGCGCCGACAUCAUGUCCGUGCUGGCUUUGCAAGAGUACGAGUUCGAGCGGCAGUUCAACGAGGACGAAGCCAUCCGGUGGAUGCAGGAGAACUGGAAGAAGUCCUUCCUGUUCUCCGCACUCUACGCCGCAUGCAUCCUUGGCGGGAAGCGCUUGAUGAAGCAGAGGGAGAAGUUUGAGUUGAGGAAACCACUGGUGUUAUGGUCGCUGACACUUGCAGUCUUUAGUAUAUUUGGUGCAGCCCGCACUGGAAGCUACAUGUUAUACGUCCUGAUGACCAAAGGGCUGAAGCAGUCGGUGUGCGACCAGGGCUUUUACAACGGACCCGUCAGCAAGUUCUGGGCAUACGCCUUCGUCCUCAGCAAGGCGCCAGAACUCGGGGACACCCUGUUCAUCGUGUUGCGGAAGCAGAAGCUCAUCUUCCUGCAUUGGUACCACCACAUUACGGUCCUGCUGUACUCCUGGUACUCCUACAAGGACAUGGUGGCCGGCGGUGGCUGGUUCAUGACCAUGAAUUACCUGGUGCACGCGGUCAUGUACUCGUACUACGCCCUGCGGGCUGCUGGCUUCCGGAUCUCACGCAAGUUUGCCAUGUUCAUCACGCUGACGCAGAUCGCACAGAUGGUGGUGGGCUGCGUGGUCAACUACCUGGUCUUCUCCUGGAUGCAGCAGGGCCAGGAGUGCCCUUCGCACGUGCAGAACAUCGUGUGGUCCUCGCUCAUGUACCUCAGCUACUUUGUGCUCUUCUGCCAGUUCUUCUUCGAAGCCUACAUCCCCAAGGCCAAGAAGGAUGCCGAGAAGAAGGCCCCGUAGGCCUGGCCCGGGGCAAGACCAGAAGGACGGAUGGCGGACAGUCAGAAGGGCGGGACGAUCGGGAUGCGCUCGAGCUGUGUGGCUCGGGAGCGGUGGGGUGGGGGUGGGGAUGGAUGUGGGCGGAGCAAAGGGGGUGGGAUCAGAGGGUAACGAAAGGGGGCCGGCUUAUGUGGCACGUUCAUGUGCAAUGGCGCACGUGCGUGUGUUUUGAGGCAACUUCUCUGGGGAAACGUCUGCACCGGGUAGCACCGAGAGAGCCGUUACCAUGCCAACCAAGACUGUUUAUCACUAGAAUUUCACCCCCACAUGAUUCACCACAUUGACAAUGUGCUCAUGAAGUGAAACAAACGCGUACAUACCGAAGGCAAAGGGUCACCACCCUUGGUGAUCAACCUAGUGGAAGGGAACACAGACACAGGUCCAGGACCCUACUGGGAAUCUACGCUUUAUUGUUGCCAUUAAUAUUUUGAUUUUGAUAUAUAGAUUUGAUUUACGUGUCACUGGGUUUGGGAUGUCAUUUUGGCCAGAUUGCAGCAAUGAUGUCGGGUAUCGGAAUGAUCUUUACAGGUGUGGCGUGGAAAGGUGGGUGAACUGAAGGACGGGGCCAGUCAUUAAUAAAGCCCCGUGAUGCUGAUGAGCAGUUCCAGAACAAUGAUAUCACAUGUCUACGACAGCUCGAGUGGAAAAAAAAUGAAUGAUUAAUGGGCUGUCCAUGUUCUCACUGUGACGUCAAGAUUUUGUGAAUGAUGUCUUUAGAAGACAGAGCAGCAGUUUGUGGAACACACUGGAAUGAGUUAGAUGGUCAUAUACUGUAUUAGAUGUAUAAGGGAAUCAAUUUUUAUUUUUCUUUAAUUUUUUGUGCAUUUUACUGUUAAUGUGCACCUGGCUUUCUCAUGUUGACAUAGAGGAUCAAAUGAAGCUUCCUGCUGAUUCAUUUAGGCAUUUCCGUUCCUGUAUAAAUUUCUCUCAUGGACCUUUGACCCGACGAGCGCGCAAGCCGUUCAUCGCUGCUAAGUGAGGCCAACCCUGAUGCUGGGCUUUGCGUGCCAUUUUGCUGAACCAAAAAAAGAUGACGCCAAGUCACCAUUCGUAUUUUCAACACGAUGCUUUCCCUUGUGCUUCUUCAUUGUCAUUUUAUUCAGUAUUAUAGUUUCAUAAAAAGCAUAGUCUUUGAAGCUGCUCAGCGUGUAAACGGUUUUGUUUGACGUGCCUCGCUUGUUAUAGACCUGUACUUAAAUUUGUUCUUGUUAUAGUGUUUAAAACAACAAGUCCCUUUUCCAUGUAUUGGCUUUUUUGUAACGCUACCCUGGGCACGUGCCCAUAUUUCCCUGUUUAAUCCCCAUUUCGGAUACAAAAAAUAGACUUCAAUAAACUGAAACCUCUCCCCAAAACCCACGUAAAAUAAAAGACACCACUUUGUCCCAGCUCCUCUGAGAAUAAGUUUUUACAUUCAAUUUUUUUUCUGCAUUUAAAAAAGGUUUGAAAAUGUGAGUUUUGAGACUCUUACCGCUGUUAAUUGCGAAGUGUUCCUACACGCUGCGUAUUAUGUUCUGUAAAAAUACAAAAAGAUAAAAAUGGAAGAGGCUGAUUUAAAGCAAUCUGAUGCAUUCAUACACAGUCAGGUAAAGAGCCCAGGUGUGAAGGGAUCCCAGUUUGGCUUUCAGCUUUAGCACACAAACCGUACGUACAUACGUCACAUAUACUACGUCCUCGCUCCCUUUUCCUGGAUAUUUUCAUUUCUACAUUUUGCCCCUGACCUUGAUGACAAAACUUUAUAACAGAAAAGCUUUCAAACGUCAGAGUCGGAAAAUUAAAAGAGAGCCAAACCGAAAGACGGUUCAAAUCAAUGUCAGAACCUUUUUUGACACCAUUUCAGUCAUUAUGGGGUUUGAGAUGCGUCAUUAGCAGGUGGAUUGGGGAUAUGACUGCAGUCACACCCAGUCACACCCACUACUUUUCCUGAAGUCUAGUGGAAUUAUUUAGUCAACAAAGUUAUGAAAAAGCUGUUACAUCAUUCACCUGUCUACUAAUAUAUCUAAAGGCCUGCCAUUAAUUCACCAUGUGUCAUAUGGGUAUUUUUAUUUAUGCUUUUUAAUUCCAGCAUUUUGCAUCCACAUUUUACUAAACCAAUUUUUUUCCACUGGCUUCUGUGUUAUUUGCAGUUGGCAGAACAAGGGAAGUUAGAUGCUGUACAGUAAAACGGUACACUGUUACACAGUAUCUCCUCUGUGACCCACAGUGUACAUAUGUAGCCAUUUCUGAGCCAUAUCCAUCAUCUUGGACAGCAGCCUGAUAAGAAUUAAACUACAUAUUCUUGCCUUAUCAAAAUUAGCUAAGGGUUAGAAAAAUAAAGCUCGUAUUAGCAUGUGUCACAAGUUCCCAGAAGUGCUCCAUCCCAUUGCCAUUUAUUCUGAAGUUAUCCAAACCACAUGUCCUGCUGAAAAGCAGUUUUAUUAAUACCCUCCUUGGGAUGGGUAGGGUUUGUAUACUUAAUUGGCUUUGUAAAAAUACUUUAACCCGUGCACAGAAAAAAAAAAUGUAUGUAUGGAGUCAGGGUGAUGAAGGACUUGAACGCAGCAAGCAGUUUAAAUUAAGGAACAGGACAAAUUGCACCUGUGAAUUUGUCGACCCUGCAGUUAUGCAGGAAAAAUGUGCAAAGACACUGGUGUUUCAGAACUAUUUUCGUGUGCACUGUAAAAAUCUUUGCAGUACUUGUUCAGCAUGUUUUUUUUUUCUUUCUUUUUUUUUUUAAGUACUGUACAUUGCUACAAUUCCUCUCCUGUUACUGUAUCAUAGAGUUCUGGCUUUGUGACUUCUCGGGUCUGGUUCAUCAAGGCCCGAACUGUAGGAGAUAUAAAGGGCACUUGGCAGUGAGUGACAUUAAAAGAUUAUGCGUGAACCUUGUAGUGACAGGAUUGUGGGCACAUAGAACCAAAACUACUCCUUGGGGUUUUACAAGGGAAAAGUCACACUUUUAUUUUAAACACUUCUUCGGUUGGAAUGGUCAGUUCUGAAGGUCUAUAUGAUUAUUUUUCUUUGAUUGCCCCAUCUCACACACACUUGAUUUUUAAUGGUCUAGAAACAACAGCACAAGUCAAAAAUUUGAGUUAAAUCACUGAAAACUUCUCUUUCAUAAGAAACAAUGUCUUUGUUCAGAUCAUUUGACUUGUUUAUCACUUUCCUUCUUCUCCAGAUAGUUCUUGUCCAGCUUUGAGGUGUGUUUCCAUUUGGUAUCUUGCUGAAGCACAAAGGAUAGCCCAACUAGCCGUAACUCUGAUAGGACUGCAUGAAGUAUGCUGUGAUCACCAUGGUAAUUGUCAUGGAUUUGUUGAAGAUCAACAGUGUGAUCAGCAAAGCAGCCCCACAUCAUUACACUGCCACUGCCAUGCUGGACAGUGCUAACCCUCUCUGUAUCUUACAAAUGCUCACUGGUUGGACCCAGAUAUUUCCAAUUUUGACUCAAAAGAUCUCUAAGACCACCUUCCCCUCUUAAGUGUCCAGAUUUUGUGGUUUUUGACCCAGAAAAGUCUGGGUUCAAGCAGGGGUGCUCAAACUUUUGACUAAUUCUAAAUGCAUUUUCAUUUUUCCCAUUUCUGUCAUGAACCAGAUAGCCCAUGAUUUGACCACCUGUAAGCAAAGGGUUUAAAACAUGCUGCUGAGGUUACAGACACAUUGUUAUAUUUAGCUGAGACCACUUUGUCCAGGUUUUUACAAGGAAGGCAAUCUGGAGUGAUGGCUAUGAAUACCGUUAGCAUAACUAGUCCUGUUUGUGUUCACUAGAAGUCAAAGCACUUUCUUUGGAUAUGAGUACCUGUGUAAUUGGUGAUGUUCUUCAACGUGUUGUGAAGUGCUGUCUUUUUGGGAAGGAGGAGAUUUGUCCGUGUUUUUUUUUUUUUUUUUUUUUGUUAUGUCUUACUGGCCCUGCCUUUUGUGUUCCCUGACACCUUGACCUAAAAGGGGCCUUGGAGGUCUUUCCCACAGAUUACUUUGCGAACAGACGUUUCUGUUGGAAAACAGCUAAGCUGCUGUCAGAAAACAUCUUGACCCUUCCUCAUUUCCCUGAUUCCAAAAUAUGGUCUCAAUUGACUGCGUAACCUUUGGCUAACUGACAGGUUGACGGCUAGCUGUGUGGAUUAUGCUGGUGAUAACUACGGAGAUAAUUGCGUGUGCUAAUACAGUCUGCACUCUUUAAAGCUAUUGAAGAACUGAAGUAAAAGCAAACCAAUACUGUGGCCAGAUGGGCUCAAAUACCUCAUUUUCUAACCUGUUCUGGCCCUUUCUCAGUUCACACAUCCUUUACUGAGCAGGUUGCAGCUUGAACCCCGGUCCUGAGUCGGAGUUAUUAAAGAUGAGUAGAAUCCCAUCGAGGACCCCCCCACUCUGUCAGCCCACUGUUGCACCAGAUAUGACAAACUAAUGUCACUGUCGGAUAGAGUCCAUGACAUAAUUAGGUGGUUUCUGGGGAAUUUAAUGUCGUUUCCAUGUAAUAAACAUGUACGAUAGCUGGAUCAUGUUCUUGUUACACUUUAACAUGUACUGUAGGCGAUAAUGAUUUACAAAAAAAAGCACCAUAAACUUAAGUGUCUUAUUGUAUGUAAACCUAUUUAUGCAGACAUACAUGUAAAAGUCCAUGUACAUAUGAUAGUAAGAAUUGCCAGUUUUAAGAAGUUACGAUGAGUGUUUGUUUUCUGUCGGUUCCCACAAAAGAGAGGAUCACAGUAUAUUAACCAUGUGUGCAAGUAGAGCUAGCUUAAACACAAGUGCUUUGUCGAGAUGUCCUCGGUAACUAGUCGAAACAGGUGGAGAAUGCACGCGAGUGUUUCCGCUGCCCUUCGUUUACCGUGUCAUUGUCUGGUGACUGAAAUGUGUCAGGCUCGCACCGUACUGUAUGUUAAAUUUGACGGAUGGCCCUCAAGAUAUCAUGUGAGAACGGAAGUCUUCCACCUCCCCAUGAGACAUGCAAAGUGAUAACCUGUUCCUGCUCAAAAUAA